AUGUCGGAUGUGACUCGCAACCCUCCCAUACCUAGCCAGCCUGGACCAGCACCAUCAGACGCUUCGUCAGCCGCCACGCCACCCCCAGCUACAAUUGUUGAUGGUCCGAACAACCAAGACCCGAAUCGAGUGUACUACAUGGGUCUCGUGCGUGAACUGAUGAGGAAUGGCAAUACCAAUACUGCGACUUUUGGUCAGUCUCGAAUUCAGAUGUCACUGGUGAACCUAGUGCUGGCGUAUCGUCAUCUCGUGCGGGCGGGUGUGCCGACCAUCGCGGAUGAAGUCUGGGUAGUAGGAAGGGCGACCUUUGGGGAGGCUAGAAUGAGGGAUGCGUUGGCGAUUGUACCUGGGUAA